AUUGCUCCAGCAGCAAAAAAAUUAUGGGGCCUCGAAUCAAAAGAUGCGUCGAGCAAGUUGGCUUUGAACCACUUAAAUCACGAGGGUGUGUGGAGAGAUCCCACAUGGGCAGCACCAGGAGAGCACGCGGUGUCCGCGCCCCUGGCGAUGGGUCGUCGGCCGGGAGGGUUUGCCGGCGGAGAUACGGGCAGCAUCCUGAGCCCGCGGGGCUCUGACAACGGCGGCCUCGGCGUCAAGAUGGUUGAGUACGUGCUGGGCACGUCGCCCACCGGCAAGGAAACCAUGAGCCUGGAGCCCAGGAUGCGGGCCCUUCACCUGGACGAGAAAGACAAGGACAAGCCGCAGAGCCCUAAGGAGGAGUGCAACGGGCAGCCGGUGCAGAACGGUCAAGUGGGGCCGGACGAGGAGAAGGGAUUCAAUCGGACGCCUGGCAGCAGGCAGCCCUCGCCAGCCGAGGAAGAUCUCAACAAGAAUGGCAUGACUCUCGACCCGGGCACCCUGGUGCUCAAGCCUCAGGAGCAGCAGUUGCCGCCCCACCUGCACCACCUGCCACCCCAUCAUCUGGCGCCUCACCUGGGGGUCACCCUCGCCGAGUCGGUGAAUCAGCAGUUCGAGCACUUCGCCGAGCAGCAGCAACAACAACAGCAGCCUUCGACGAACCCCUACGAGCAGCAGCAACACCAAUACGCCCCGCCACCCCCUCAGCCACACCAGGUGGACAGCGCGGUGCUCCAGCAGCAGCAACACAAUUUUGACGUACAGAUGGAUCACGAUCAUCAUUUAAAGGCUUAUAGAGUCCCAAUUACUCAAGAACCCAAGCCAGCUGAUCAUAAUUUGCGUCGAACUUUCGCGAAAUGGGCUUUGGACUAG